AUGGACCAAGCACUCGCGACGCUUACCGGCAAGCCGACGGAUGACAGUACUAGCGCAGCUCGUGUUGGACAGUUCGCGCCACAGAACGACAUCUUAUACAGCAAGUCGAACCUCGACGGAGUCCGAAUCAAAGACUGCGACAUCCGGAACGUCCAGAUCAAGAACUGCAAACUUACAGAUGUCACGUUCGAGAAUUGUCGGUUCAAGGAUGUCGUAAUCGAUGGGCUGGAUCUCACGGGCUUCACAUUCUACAACCUCGAUCUCAAGAAGGUUCGAGUCAAGGAUGACAAGCUGCCCGGCUACAUCUGGAGUCACCAAGACGUGGAGAAUGCCUGCGUUGGUGCGCCUGCAUUCAGUUGCACCGAUUGCUGUACUAUCGAAAUCUCGCAACGAGCAGGACAAAGCUCGAGGCUGGUGACGCGCUCCCUGAGUCCAGCAGACAUACCUGGCAGCCUCUCCACACAUAUCAGCGGUACGAGCUCCGCCAUGCUACGACGGCCUAUCGAGCUUCUCGAUCUACCGGAUGCGGUGCUUAAUCUUAUUGUAUCCUUCGUAUUCCCUCGUCUUUCGGAUUCUAAUUACAUCAUUGUCGACCCGUACGUCAUGGCGAGACACAGCGCGCAGAGCUUUGCCAAUACUGCCGAGGGAAAUGUGCCCGGCUAUUGCUUUGUCAUUUUUACACGAUCACAGGGCAGCAAAAUACCAGCUUCGCAGAAUGAGGUUGAUCCUUUGGUCCUCUAA